AUGGCGACCGCAAUGCCAAGUCUGCUUCCAGCAAGCACAGGCGUGCAGUUUAAUGCCAGACCCAGUACUAGAUUGAGAGACCACUCCAGACUCAAACAUCUUGGCUCCUCAUCUUCUCAUGCAGGAUCACCAGUAGCCUCAGAGAUUGGAGUAAACUCUCCAACUGGUAGCAUGUCUAGUAUUGAAGUUGAGGCUCUGUUACGGGAGAAGGUGAGAGCCAACCACCAGAAUAUUAUACAGGGGUUUCAUACUUACGAUAUUGAACAAAAUCAGAGCGUAACUAAGGGCGAGUUUCGCCGCGUUCUCGAGUCAUUUUGUUGUCAUCUCACCACUGAGCAGUUUGAAGCAGUUUUAGCAAAGGUUGACAAAAACCCAAAUGGAACGGUCAAGUACUUGGACUUUUUAGACAAGUUUUAUGGUCAAGACACCCGAAUAGCCAGUCCAGAAAAACGUGUCAAUGGUCCAAUGAGUUCGGGAACAGAAAAGUUCAUGCCUCCGACAACUGCACGAGAAAUCAACAUCGAUAUGAUUGAAAAGAUGUUGAAAGAUCGGAUUUCCAACAAUAUGAAGGCGGUCAUCAAAGCUUUACAGAUGUUUGACUAUAACAGGGAUGGGAAGAUCCAGCGACACGAACUACGCAGAGUGUUGGAUAACUACUGUUUCAAACUCUCUGAUUCACAGUUUGAGAAGCUUUGGAUGCGGUACGACUUCCACCACACUGGUUUGUGUAACUACAAACAGUUUCUGGAACGUAUGGGUGUAAGCGUGGCACAACAUUCUCGUCCGCCACCACAAGAUGGUGCCAAGGGAGCAUUGCUGUGGCCCCAAAAGCCUCCACCUCCUGCCAUGGGAAAUACUCUCCUAAAACAGAGGAAAGAUGAUGAGCAAGCCUUACAGAAAAUGAGUUUUGACCAAAUCGAGGCUGAGUUCAGACUGCGGAUGAGACGGAACUACCUGAACCUGAAGAAGAUUUUUAUUUCAUUUGAUCGUAACCUGGACGGGUUUAUAAAUCUGGAAGAUCUUAGAUCUAUUCUCACACAGUUCACCAUCCCAAUGUCGGACCCUCUAUUUAAACAGCUGAUGGAAAGAUGUAAUGUCCGGGGAACUGGCAAGAUAUCUUGGGAGGCAUUUUUAGAAAAGUUCCAAGAUGCCCAAGCUCCAGGGAAUGGACAGACACUUCCCAUCAAACCAGGCCACAAAUUUUUCCCGAUUCGGGAAGAGAUGCAGAAGUUUGAGGUGGAUGAUAUUUGGCGACUGCUGUAUAAACAUGUACACAAUCACUACCAUUCUAUCAAACAAGCAUUCUUACAGUUUGAUAUCAAUCGUAGAGGGCGUGUGACGAGGAAAGAAUUAAGAAACAUCAUUGAAAAGUUUACAUUCCGGUUGGAUGAUCAACAGUUCAAACAGUUGAUGCUGAAACUGGACCCCGAGCAUACAAACAAUAUCUCCUAUCAUCAGUUCCUGAGUCUAUUUGAGGAAACUGAAUCUCUGGCCGAGGGUCACAAAUGGCUGAAUUCAGUGCAUAAAUUCAACGAAAAUCCAAAACCAGCUAUCAUGGCUUGGGAAACGAUAGAAGACAUCUUAAGAGAAAAAAUCACAGAAAAUUGGAAGUCUGUAUCGGGUGCUAUCGUGGAUUGUGACCAUAAAGAUCAAGGAUACAUUACCCAGGAACAAAUGAAAAAAGUCAUUGAUAAUUACGUUUUACCAAUCUCUGACCAGCAUUUCAGCCAUAUGCUACAGAGAUGUGAUGACUGUGGUAACGGCAGAGUUAACUAUGUAGAAUUCCUGGAAAAACUUAACGUGGAUGUUACUCCGGGAGAUCUCCUCGGACUCAGUACUCAAAUUCAUGAUGAGAGUCAUGUCCGUGAAAACUUCCGUUGUAGAGACCAGCUGGAACGACAAAUUCGAAAUAUACGGAGGGCAAAACACAAAACAGACAACAUGACAGCAGAUGAAGUGAUGGCUCGUCUGAAAGACAGAAUGUCCCAACACAAGAUGCAGAUCCGACAGGCUUUUCUGUCAUUUGAUAAAAGUGGCAAAGGAAAAGUAAACAAACGCAAUUUCAGAGAAGUAUUGGUCAGUAUGGGUAUGCCAAUGGCAGAUGAACCUUUCCAGGAACUUGUUUCCAAGAUUGGGUUCCAGAACAGUUCUAUGUUGUACAGCGACUUUGUCCAGGCUUUCGAGGAUCCAAGGAUCCGUGGUCCAGGUGAUGAUGUACAGCGUACUGGAAACCACCACGUCAACCCCAUCAGGGGAGAUGAGUAUGGAAUGUCUGCUGAUGAGGUGGAGAAGAAAUUACUCAGCAAGCUACGUGAAAAUUUUGCUAAUUUACGGGCUGCAUUUUAUAAAUUUGAUGAUGAUCACAAUGGAAUUCUUACAAAAAGUAAUUUCCGAAGACUUUUGGAUUCGUUCAUGUGUAUAAUGUCGGACGAUGAGUAUGAAGUUUUGUGUAAACGAAUGGGUAUAGACUCCAAGUCACGGAUAACAUAUGAAGACUUCUUACGGAGAUUUGAGAUCAGGGACACUGCUGAAGGUCACAAGUGGCUCAACUCAGUUCAUAGAUAUAACGACACACAGCCAACUGCAGAGUUGACAGCAAUGGAAGCCCAUGGAGAAUUGAAACGGAAAGUCCAUCAGCAGUGGAAGGACAUAGCAGGGGCAUUUAUCAGUAUCGACUCCCGUGGAAAAGGAAUCAUCACAAAGCGAGACUUGAGAGAUUUGUUAUUUAGAUUUGUGCUACCCAUGUCACCAGAGGAAUUUAAAGGCUUAUGGGAAAUGUAUGAUACAGCUGGCAAAGGUUUCCUUUCACAUAAAGACUUCCUGGUGAAGCUGGGUACGUCCGCUGAGUUCACGCCCACUGAUAUCAUCGGUACGAGUAGCAAGAUCAUCAAUGACAGUAAACAGUACAUCAUCGACCAUAAUAAACAACAGCUCGGCAAACAUCAAAGGAUCACGCAACACCAGGCAGAGCGGGUGUUGUUUAUGUCUGCAGAAGAGGUGGAGCGACAACUCAGAGAUAAGAUCAGGGACAACUACAAAGAUUUCUAUGCUGCGUUCAUGAAGUACGAUACAGAGAAGAAAGGUUCAUUGUCUGUUAGAGAUGUCCAGAAGGUCCUCACAGACUUCAGCCUCUUUAUGGUUGAUGAGGAAUUUUUCCUUCUCCUUGAUAGGAUUGGAUUACCUACCAACAGAAGUCGCCUUAACUAUGAAGCUUUCCUGAUGGCAUUUGAAGAUGGACGCAAGUCUGCCUAUGGACAUAGAACACCUGAAUUACAUAUCUCAAAGUAUGUAGGUCUCACACCCCAGGAGGCUGAGGGACGCCUGCGUGAAAUGGUCGCUAAAAACUACGACCUUCUAAGCAAGGCGUUUGCAGCUUUUGAUAAAGAUAAAACGAACAUGAUGCCAUUGGCAGAUUUCCGAAGAACAUUAGAUAUCUUCAUGUUUAAAUUGACCGAGGCUCAGUGGAAAUACCUAAAGACUCGGCUCCAGAUCACAGAGAACCAAGUCAACUAUCUCAUGUUCAUGGAUAACAACACUGUCAACACUUCAGAUGAUGCAGAGAGGUGGUUAGCCAAUCUAACAAGAAAUAUCAACGCCCAAACACCAAGUCUAAACUCUAUGGAAGACAUACAAAAUCGUUUGAAGGAAACAGUGAUUGGUCAUUUUAACAAUUUGGCUCGAGCCUUCACUGACCUGGAUUACGCUGGAAUUGGGGUCGUCUCUAAGGAGGACUUCAAGGAAGUCAUUAAUAAGACCGCCUUCAGGAUCACAGAGGAACAGUUUGACAACUUGAUGGCUUACAUCCCAACAAAUGAGUUUGGAAAUGUUGACUACAAACAAUUCAUGAAGCAGUUUUCAUCAACCAGUGAAGAGAUGGAUAAACUAGAACCUCUUCCUCAGCGCCCUGCAUCAACUCUGUUGGGACGACGCCCACAGUCAAGGGCUGUUUCACGAGCAAUGUCACGCUCAAUGACACAGCUGGAUAUGAGGAAAACUGGCUCCAGAAUGUCUAGAGGACCAUCUCGUAUGGCCACACCGAUGAUCAAUGCUGAGUCUGCGGAACAGCAACUGAAGGAAGUUAUUUUCCGUCACUGGAAGGAUAUCCAACGUUUGUGCAGAAAUCAGGAUCGUAACAACACAGGCACUAUUGCUGCUGAUGAUAUACUAGAAAUCUUUGAUAAGUUUGGAGUACAGAUUCCACAGCAUGACAUCAGCGAUCUCUUAACAAAGUAUGAUAUUCAGGAAGAUGGAACGUUCUCCUACGUUGAUUUCCUCAGGCAUUUCAUCAUAAACCUCAAAGGUGGCGACCAAAUUGGUCCCUCCACAUCAAGGAAACAAAUACCUUCGACACGAGUAACAGUGAGUACAUAUUUCUUAAACUAUGAAUGUUUUCUGUAUUUCCAGACUGAAAACGGUCCCGCAUCUAACCAAUUUUACGAAGCAAUGAUCAGGGUUCGGGAUUGUGUGAUGCAAAAUUGGAAAGAAAUGAGACGGAAUUUCCGUUCUCUUGAUCCCGGGAAUUCGGGCAGUGUAGAAGCUAUGGACUUCCGCAGAGUUUUACGACAAUUUAACAUGAAUCUCUCCGAGGAAGAAUUCUAUCACCUGGCAUCUUAUUAUGACAAAAGCGUAGAAGGAAUUAUCAAUUAUAACGACUUCAUCAGAGCGUACCUUCAAUAUUCCUGA